GCAGCCACGACCACAAAUCCAGUUCAGCUGAGGACAUUGUAUACAGCUCUUAACAGAACAAGGAACAGAAAACACUGCCUGUCACGAUACUAUGAAAGCUACUUCUUUUUAAGGCUUGAGUAGACAGACGCUGUCACAUCCAACGUCAGUCCCAUCAAGCAAGGGGAUCCAGUUGAACAGCAAUGAAUGACUCUUUCAAUGACAGCCAAUACAUCCCAGACUAUGAUGAUGACUAUGUGGAUCAAGUCUGUGAAAAAGGUGAGGUGGUCAAGUUUGGAUCCAUUGCCAUUCCCGUGUUCUUCUCGGUUGUGAUCACACUGAGCCUUGUGGGAAACAUCCUCGUCCUUGUAAUCCUGGCUUUGUAUGAAAACCUCAAGUCUCUUACCAACAUUUUUAUCCUAAACCUGGCCAUCUCUGACCUCGUCUUCACCACCGGUCUCCCCUUCUGGGCAUUUUACCACGUCUGGGGAUGGUUGUUUUCAGAAGUCCUCUGCAAAAUUGUGACUUUUGUCUUCUUCACCGGGUUUUACAGCAGCAUACUUUUCCUGACCAUCAUGACCAUCUACAGGUAUCUGUCUGUGGUGCACCCUCUCUGUGGCCGGAGCACACAUAAACUCAAUCGCAGCACUGGAGUUUAUGUGUCCUUCUUAUUGUGGAUAGUCAGUAUUGGAGUGUCCAUGCCCUCCCUGCUCUACAGCACCCUUGUCCCGAUCCACCACAAAGAUAAACACUCCAUGGGCUGUGAAUACGAAGCCACUGAGUGGAAAGGAAUUGACAUCUACCAACAGAACAUUUUUUUCUUGGUCGCUUUUGCAGUGAUGGCUUUCUGCUACAUUCAAAUACUGUGGAAAAUCACAAGAACAAGAACAGAGACAAAGAACAGAGCAGUGAAGUUAGUCUUCUGGAUCGUGGCGGUGUUCUUCCUCGGUUGGGUGCCGUACAAUGUGGUCAUUUUUCUCAGAUUUUUGGCCAACAAUGUGGUUCCAACUCGUUAUACCUGUGACACAAGUAUCAAGCUUGACUACUUCUUUUGUGCCGCUCUUCUUUCUCCCACUGUUUCCUAACCCUGUCUUUUAUGCUUUUUGUUUGUGAAUUUAGGAUCAUUUAAACACUGCGCUCGAAGUUCUUUUUGUCAAAGUCCAGACGAAAAACGCGGGUAAAUGCAACCUUUCUCCCUUGGAUCAUUUAUUUUUUUCUGUUUGAUUUAUAUUCCUGCUUUUACUGCUGCUUACGAUUAAAAAAAUAAGCGAAAGAUGCCUUAAUUUUAAAAUCUGAGCCUUUAUGUGUAUUGCUGUGUGCCUGUGUCUGUGUUAAACCUUUUCACAGUGGGGUUUUUUCCAUUUUUUACCCCGGCACUUUAAAAGGAAUCUGAUUUAUUUAAAUGGCAUGUAAAAAAGGGUUCUUUAGUCCAGGGGAGUGGGCAUGAUUUCAUUUAAAUUCCCACUCAUUUUUUCAGGGGGGUUUUUGCCUUGUGUACUUGUCAACUUUAAAAUGUUUUUUUUCAAAUUUUUUUAAUAUGAAAAGGGAUUUUUUAACACCUUUUUACUGUAAGCAUUUUUAAAAUAAUAUGGUCCUGCCUAAAAUUUAAAAUAGUAACUUAAUUAGAAAAUUUUCACAUUUUGGGGAAAGGGGCAUCUUCUCUAUCAAUGAUGAAAAGUGGAAAGAUAUCUGAAGACCACUAAAACUUAAAAUUAUACCAAAUCAUACAUCCCCCUUCCCUACACAUCUUUUGCCCUUUUUUUAGCCAUGUGCCUUUAAUGCAAGACAGAAACAGGUACCGUAACUCAUAGUCUUUGGUCAUGCCAUGCUUAAAGAAGAAGCAAUUGUCCUAUAUGUAUUAUUAUUUUUUUUGGCAUUCUAGGCAUUUAUUUUUGACAGGACAGAUGAAGACAUGAAAGGGGGAGAGGGGGAGAAUGACAUGCAGCAAAGGGCCGCAGGUUGGAGUCAAACCCGCGGCUGCUGCAUCGAGGAGUAAACCUCCAUAUAUGGGCGCCCGCUCUACCAACUGAGCUCUCUGGGCGCCCAAGUACUAGUUGAUAAUGGCUGGCAGAUUGUACUUUUUUUCUCUCCUGUGGAUUUUAUAAUGUAUCCGU